AUGGAAGAACUUGACACAUUACUUCCAUUGGCCCUGGCAUGCAGAGAUGAUUCUCUCCAGGAAAUUAGAGCAAACUUUGUGGAGGCCUGCAGCAAAGUGGCAACAGCUGUCCUGGGAAAGCUGGAGGAGAAGAGCAAAGACGUCCCCUCCAAAGCUCCCCUGCAAGACUUGUAUGCUGCCCUUUCCACAGCAAUAUAUGUCUCUCAGCAUUUUCAGCGUUAUAGCAAUUUAAUGAGAGAAACAACCAAAAAACCCAUGUCCCUCAUGCCUGUCCAACAAUAUCAGGAAUUCAUCACUGUUCUUCAGUUUCAAGUUACGAGCUACUGCGUCAGAGUUUGUGCUACAAGCAUUUUACAGGAUGCUGAGAGCCACCACUGGGAUGACUACAAAGCUUUUUAUGAGGGGGAAAGAUGCUCAUUCUCUGUCCAGAUGUGGCAUUACUUCUGCUGUGCUCUUCAUCAUGAUCUAUGGACUAUUCUACCCCCCAAGACAGCCCAGGAGAUUCUUACAGAUGUACUAGAGGAAUCUUUGUCUAUGCUUUCCUCCAGAUAUUGUCAGGCCUGCCCCAGUUACAAGAGGACACCACAAAUCAGAAUUGAUAUUGCAGCAAUUUUGAUGUCCACUGAAGGUAUGCUCUGGUCAGUUUGUAGGUCUGUUAAGGAGUUUCUGAAUCCACAUGAAGACAGAGAUCUCAGGAUCUAUAAAAUACAUAGCCACUGCAAUAGUCUGCUGUCUGUGCUGGCUAUUUUAACUUCACCACUGAAGAAUUUGUAUGAGACAUUUCUAGACAAUUCUGAUGAACGUCUUCCUCAAGAUUUUUCAGAAGUCUUUUAUCACCCAUUACACUGGUUAUUUUGUAUACCGGCAUCUUGUUCUUCCUUACUGAAGACUCCUUCAGUGACAGAAAUGGCAGCCCAGGGUCAGCUAAAACUGCUCUUAUCCCAGCCAUACUGCAACUUGAACUUGCUUUUGGAAACAUUGCUACAUCAUGAUUGUCUCUUAGUAAAAAUUUUACUGAGAAGUUCAAGAAAUGAAGUAUUGAAUCGUCAUGAGCAGAGUUCCCUCUUAGAACAGAUAAAUUAUAAAAAGCCUACUCUGGUUGAAACAGUCUUCAGAGUAUUGUCUUACUGCACUUUAUCACCCAAAUCUCUUGGCAUUGCUUUUGAGACCUACAUGGAAAAAGAGCAGUUGUGGAAUUGCUUAUACAAUAUGACAGGUAUUUUAUGUAAUAUUUCCAGUUGUGGUGAGUCGGAGCCAGAAAUUAUCAGAUGCUUGAAGUUGACUUUGAUUAAUUCCGUCAAGGGUAUUGUGAAGCAGAUAAUUUCUUUGAUGCAUUCAUGGGAGGCAACAGAAAACUAUGGAACGUACCAACACAAGCAAAUAGUGCCUGAAAGUUUACUGAAAACGAUUCCAAAAGAAUGGAAUUACACUCCUCGGGAAAUGAAGAGAAAAGAAUCUGGGAAAUGCUUCACAAGGCUUGCAGCUCAGGCAGUAUCUAUUGUAAUCAGCAAGUUACCUACAGUGAUUGCAUGUUUGCCUCCCCCAGUUAAGUACUUCUUUUUUCUGGCUGAGAGAAAAAUGUCACGAAACUUUGCUGAAUUGAAGAAAGCUGGUCUGCUUGUCUGGAACUUGAUUGUAAUUAUAUGUCGAAUAUUUGAGGAUGGAAAUACUGCAGAACUUUUAACAGGUGCAACACUUGACAGAUGGAGCAAAGAAAAACUCAGUUUAAUUCAUGUGUGCUUAGAAAGUAUUAUGGGAAAACAGAAAAGUGGCCCUAAGCAAGUGAUCCAGAAGGUUAUACAAAGCAUUGAACAGCAAAGACCAAACUGGAUUGAAAGCCAGUUGCUGAAGGCAAGAAAAUUGAGCAUGGACUGUGCCUCAGCCACAGUAGGUGCAACGUUAGAAGAAGGAGAUAUUGGGUUCACUGAGCAGAAAAUAAACACGAUGGUCCUGGAUAUCUGCCACAAACCAGGUGGCAGCGAGUACCUGAGGCAGAUUUAUCACAUCAUCCAGCUCAAUGAGGAAUAUUUGAAAGAGCAGCUAUCUUGUGAGAAUUCUUCUGAAGAUGGUGUUACCUCCAGUAAAUGCCUGCCUUUGACACUUAAGGGCAGAGAAGAGCAGCCUGUCUUCAACCCUUUCCAGGUGUACAGAGAAUUUUGUACAAAAGUUUUCAAUCAGUCAACCAUUACUGAAUGGAACUGGGAUUGGUCAAAGUUGCUGCCAAGUUAUUUGGGACUGAAUCAGAUGACCUUCAGGAUGCUGCUGGCACACAGGUGGGAGAUGAAAGAAGGUGCAGAUCUUGAAGAUGAGGAGAAAGUCAUGGUGGAACACUUAAAAAAUGUUUAUUUGACACAAAGCACUCCUACGUCAGAGGAAAAAGAACAAUUAUCUUGACAGGUUUCGGGUAGCACCUUUUUCUGAAUAUACCAUGGUUCAACUUAAUGGCUUAGUUAUAACUGACAGGACUAGAAAGCUCAGAAAUACAUAUGUUGAGUAGAAGUCUUAAACUAAAGAAUGUUCCCCUGUUAUUGUCUAGUUACCCCAUCCAGGCAGCAAUUGUUCACACUUGCAUCAGGUGAGCAACAAUAUAUGAAAAUGUCAAUGUCACAAAACUGGGAGGGGGUAUCUCAAUACCGAGGAGUCAUAAACCUGAAUGACAAACCAAGAAAUGUUUUAGAAGUAUAAAGCUCGCUCUGAAAAUAAUGCAACUUUGGAAAUGUACUGAGCAAACACCCAUGCUAUGUUUCUAUCGACUAUUCUGGAGUCAGUCAGACUGCCGCAGUUAAUGUUGCUCAGGGACAUUUUCUCUCCCUUGGUGCUUGUGUCCUGCUAUUUAAUCAUCCAAAAUAUACGAAAAAGGACGGGUACAGGGUACAGUUCUUUGUGAAUUGCUUUGGGAUGAGUAUGCUUGGCCAUUAUUCCCAAGCAAAAACACAUCACUUUUAUUGCAUUUGAACACCCUAACUUAACAUCCAGUAUAUGUUAUGGCUUAAAAGACAUAUUUUAGAGAAACUUGUUAUCAACUUUUA